CUGCAAGGGAUAACUGAUUAAACGGAUGGUGGCGGUCCGGUGGAUUUUAACUUCAAUAUAGACGAGGCGGAAGCCGGAAGAGGAUCCUCGUUUUAACCGCCAUCGCUCCUCAAACAAAAGGAACAAGGCGUCUCGCAGGCUUUUUCGGGCCCACUUAAGUAACUUGCAAGGAUUAGCAGAUGGAGAUGAAAAUGGGGGUGGUCAAAAUUAUGGCCAAUGGUCUCACCCUGGCGACCGUUGCCUAAACAAAAAGAUAAAAAAGAAAGUAAAUGGCGUGUAAUUAUUAUCAGAUAGCGUUCCGAAGUGAGAUGGUAUCUACUCUGUCAAAACCUUGGUUUCUUAGAGCUGAGCUUCCUAUGUCUUCUGAUCUCUCACUUCACCGCUCCAUCCCCCACGGUGGUUCCUCUUCUUCCUCUCCUUCCCGUCGGGAUCUUGUCUUCAUUGUCAACCCUAGAGGAGCUAAUGGGAGAACCGGCAAGGAAUGGAAGAAACUGCUACCGUAUCUCAGGUCUCGCCUUGAUAAAGAUUGCAAUAUAUGUGAAUCAUUGACUUCAGGUCCUUACCACGCAAUUGACAUAACAAGAGAGGCAAUAAGGGAGGGUGCUGAUGCUGUCAUUGCAGUUGGAGGUGAUGGCACUCUUCAUGAGGUUGUUAAUGGAUUCUUUUGGGCUGGGAAACCUGUUAGCAAACAUAAUAAAGAGGAUGCCCACUCAACUGCUCUAGGUCUCAUCCCCUUGGGAACUGGGUCUGAUUUUGCCAGAACAUGGGGCUGGAAAAAUGAUCCUUAUGAAGCUGUUGAUCGCAUUGUUAAAGGGCUGAGAUCAAAAGUCGAUGUUGGUGUCAUUAGUGGAGAAAAGGAAGAAUCUCAUUAUUUCAUAAAUGUGGCUGAUAUUCAUUUGAGUGCAAAGGCUGGUUAUUAUGCAUCAAGAUACAAGAGAUUUGGAAACCUAUGCUAUGUCAUUGGUGCUCUACAAGCCUUUAUUGGUCAUAAAAAUUGGGACCUUAGAAUCAAGGUCAAUGGAGGUGAAUGGGAAAUAUGUCCUCAAGUAACAGCUCUUUGCAUUGGAAAUGCAAAGUACUUUGGUGGAGGCAUGAGAAUCACUCCAAGUGGUGACCCUUGCAGUCGAGAGUUUGAGGUUGUAAUUCUUCAGGACUUCAAGUGGUAUGACUUUAUUCUGAAACUACAUAAACUAUACAGUGGGACACAUUUAACAGUGAAAAAUGUAUCUUCAAGAAGUGUGCAUUCCAUUGAAGUGGAGGACAUCUCUGGCAGUGGAAGCAUUUACGUUCAGUCUGAUGGAGAACAUCUAGGGUUCCUUCCCAGGAAGUUUUCUAUUUUACCUUCUGUUAUUGAAAUGAUAUGCUAAAGGAAGCCAUGAGAACAUGACUCCUUUACUGGUUUGCUUGAAACUAAUGCAUCUCUCUAGCCAUUCUUCAGACACCUUCCUCUCGGCAACGAUUUGCGCAAAGUGGCACGGGGAGAAACAACAUAACAGAUGAAAAGAUGCCUAUGAUGUUCUUCAUUAGUGGGAUAAUAAACACGCGAAUUGACUGACAGUUUGAUAUUUCUAACAGUUGUGGUAGGAAGCCAUCUUCUCUGCAGUACACUUUCAGUAAUAUCAGUCAGGUUGGCCUCGCAGUUGGAAGUGUUUUAGGCAUUUCUUUGAUUUCUCUGUUAUGGGUUUUGACUAGGCCAGUGCAUUUUGUACAAACUUUUUUUUGAACUUGAAGAUUUUUCAGAUUUUUUUAGCUUGUGAACGAAAUAAGAUUGGACCAAUGGUGAAAUAAUGAAUAUUGACAAAAGAAUCGUGAUUUUAUAAUAAAGUUGAUCACUUCUUAAACAGUAA